AUGGCUGAAGAUAAAAUUGCCAGGGCUGCUCACGAGUUUAGAGUGGAGGGAAGGCGGCCACAGGGAAGACCAAGAAACCUAGGAAGAAGGAAUCAAAGAAGCCUUCAACAGGAGGGGAAUGGACUGGAGGAGGAGAAGGCAAAUGGCUCAGAACAGAGAUUCUUAGGUCAUGGUUCAUUAUAUUUAGUAGCAAAUAACGCAUGGAAAAAGAAGCAUAUAAAAGAACUGACUGAAAGGUGCAGAGCUGCUCCUGCAUUUUGGGACAUCAAAUGCAAAGAGUAG